CAUUGUAGCAAAAUGGCGACUGUCAUUCACAACCCCCUGAAAGCACUUGGAGACCAGUUCUACAAAGAAGCCAUCGAGCACUGCCGCAGCUACAACUCUCGGCUGUGCGCCGAGCGCAGCGUCCGCCUCCCCUUCCUGGAUUCGCAGACUGGGGUAGCUCAGAACAACUGCUACAUCUGGAUGGAGAAGAGGCAUCGGGGACCAGGACUGGCCCCAGGUCAGCUGUACACAUAUCCUGCUCGCUGCUGGCGCAAAAAGAGACGCUUACAUCCUCCUGAGGACUCCAGGCUGAAGCUUCUGGAAAUUAAACCUGAAGUUGAUCUGCCUUUGAAGAAGGAUGGGUUCACAUCAGAGGGAACCACACUGGAAGCCUUGCUGCGCGGGGAAGGGAUUGAGAAAAAAGUGGAUACUAAAGAGGAAGACACUAUACAGGAAAUCCAGAGAGUUUUGGAAAAUGAUGAAAAUGCUGAUGAAGUGAAUGAGGAAGAGGAAUUAGAAGAAGAUAUUCCAAAACGAAAGAACAGGCCCAGAGGACGGGCUCGGGGAUCUGGAGGUGGUAGGAGAAGGAACGAUGCUGCCUCCCAGGAUGACCAUGACAAACCUUACGUUUGUGACAUCUGUGGCAAACGUUAUAAGAACAGACCUGGACUGAGCUACCAUUAUGCUCACACUCACCUUGCCAGCGAAGAGGGGGAUGAAGCCCAAGAGCAGGAGACACGCUCCCCACCCGUCCACAGAAACGAGAACCACAAACCCCAGAAAGGACCAGACGGGGCCAUCAUUCCCAACAACUACUGUGACUUCUGCCUUGGAGGCUCCAGUAUGAACAAAAAAAGUGGCUGUCCAGAGGAGCUUGUGUCAUGUUCAGACUGUGGACGCUCGGGACACCCUACCUGCCUGCAAUUCACCACAAACAUGACGGAGGCUGUAAAAACCUAUAAGUGGCAAUGCAUUGAGUGCAAAUCCUGCAGCCUUUGUGGGACCUCUGAAAAUGAUGACCAGCUGCUCUUCUGUGAUGACUGCGACCGUGGCUAUCACAUGUAUUGCUUAAACCCACCAGUGUCUGAACCUCCAGAAGGGAGCUGGAGUUGUCAUUUGUGCCGGGAACUACUCAGAGAGAGAGCAUCAGCUUUUGGCUUUCAAGCCUAAGGAGCUCCAGGGAUCAAGAUGCAAUUUGCUCCUGGAGUUGUGGUACCAGCGCACAGUUCCCAUCCAGAACACAGACACACACAUGCGCGCACACACACACGUGCGUGCGCACUCACACACACACACAAACACAUCGAAGAGAAUGGACACUCAAGUAUAAGAAGAGAUAACAAUGGUAUUUAUUGUCAAAGAGUAAGAUUUCACUA